AUGGACGCAAGCCCCGCCUCACAGUUCCCCUUCGUCCCCACCCAUGGCGGCCGCUACCUCAAGUACGAUAUCUUCGGCACCACCUUCGAGGUCACCGCCAAGUACCAGCCCCCCAUCAUGCCAAUAGGAAGGGGCGCCUAUGGCAUCGUCUGGUACCCAUCCCCCUCUCUCUCUCUCUCUCUCUCUCUCUCUCUCUCUCUCUCUCUCUCUCUCUCUCUGUCAACAAGGUUCCCUGGAUGUUCUUCCUCAUCUGGGGAUUAAAUCUAACGUGAUCUAAUUUUUUUUCUCUGGGGUUUGCAGUUCGUUGAUGAACUCGGAAACCGGGGAGAUGGUGGCGAUCAAGAAGAUAGCCAAUGCCUUCGACAACCACAUCGACGCUAAGAGGACUCUCCGGGAGAUCAAGCUCCUCAGACAUUUAGAUCACGAGAACGUAUGCAUCAAUCCCUCUCCACAUCCCCCUCCCCAAUCUUCUUCUCUUUCCGAUAAUCCAGAGGUUCAGAUUUCCGGGUCAAAAAUCUCCUGCGGGAUUUCGAUCCGGCUUCCCCUUCCGCCCAUCUAAUCGAUAUUUCUUCAAGAGAUUUCUUCCCGCAACCAGGAAUCAUAUCAGAAUACUCGGUUCCUGAUCUUGACUCGGUUAUUACAGGUCAUCGCUAUAAGGGAUGUGAUCCCGCCGCCGGUGAGGGAGCCAUUCAACGACGUGUACAUCUCCACGGAGCUCAUGGACUCGGACCUGCAUCAGAUCAUCCGCUCGAACCAGGAACUGACAGAAGAUCACUGCCAGGUGCGUUCGAAACCUCCGAUCAUCGGGAGGUUGUUCACGAGGGAGAUGGAAGGAUUAAAAGGCCCGGAAAAUGGGCGUCGCUGUUGUUGCAGUACUUCCUCUACCAGAUCCUCCGGGGGCUCAAGUACAUUCAUUCGGCGAGAGUGAUCCACAGGGAUCUGAAGCCGAGCAACCUCCUGUUGAAUGCGAACUGCGAGCUGAAGAUCUGCGACUUCGGGCUGGCUCGGCCGACGGCGGAGAACGAUAUCAUGACGGAGUACGUGGUGACGAGGUGGUACAGGGCGCCGGAGCUGCUUCUGAACUCGACGGACUACACGGCGGCGAUCGACGUCUGGUCGGUGGGCUGCAUCUUCAUGGAGCUCCUGAACAGGAGGCCGCUCUUCGCCGGGAGAGACCACAUGCACCAGAUGUGCCUUGUGACCCAGGUGAGCAAGGAGAUUUUCGGUCAGCUAGUUCUUGGUAGAUCUUGAGAUUGGAGAAGAAAAGUUGAUUUCUUUUUUGAAGUGUUAUUAUUAGGGUUCCUGAGCUGAUCUUGUGACGAGGUUCUCAGAGUUGGGUUGAAAAAAGCGGGUCUAUGAUCAUAGAUUAGUCAACGCUGUUCGUCUCUGACGCCGCCAAGAAAAGAGGAUUGGUUUUAUUAAUUUGACAAUUUGCUCGCCUUUUUAUUAUCGGGCUGACCAGUCCUUGGUAGAUGAUCGUUAAGUUGACCAAGGAUCCCACCCAGAAAAUAAAGAUGCAGAGAACGUUUACUCUCUCUCUGUCGCUCUCUCUCAUUGGGUUGACUUUAAAAGUCAGAUUUCAUGACAAGUCCUCUCGUUCGUGCAGGUGCUGGGCACGCCCACUGAGGCCGAGCUGGGUUUCGUCCAGAGCGAAGAAGCGAGGAGGUACAUCAGGCAUCUCUCUCAGCACCCUCGGAGGCCGUUCGCCGAGCUGUUCCCUCAUCUCAGUCCCUACGCCAUUGACCUCGCGGAGAGAAUGCUCACCUUUGACCCUAAUCGGAGAAUCUCAGGUAUAUUAACGAACCGAUGUGGAGUUUUUUUUUUUCUUUUUUUGGAAUAAUCGGUGUGUUUGACUAAUUGUGGAAAUGACGCAGUUGAGGAGGCCCUGGAGCAUCCCUACCUGGCAAGGCUUCACGAUGAGGAGGACGAGCCAAUCUGCAAGGAACCCUUCUCGUUUGACUUUGAGCAGCACGUAUUGACCGAGGAGCAGAUGAAGGAGUUGAUCUACAACGAGUCCCUAGAGCUGAAUCAGGACGCCGCCCAAUGA